AAUAUAACAAGUAAGAAAUUAUAGUCGGGUGUGGCCUAUUCGGGUGGUGCAGUUGUAGGGGGGCUAGGUAAAAUGACCGACCGAUUGUAACCAUUUUCAAUAGGCUUCGUCCCUGGGGCAAUAAAAGAUCAUGUAUCAAAUUUCAUUGAAUUAUCUUCAAAAUUGCGACCUGUAGUAGUUGAUUACAACGUUUACAUGGCCGGACAGACGUCCGUCCAUCUGGCCGGCUAAAUAGCUAAAUCGACUCAGAAAAUGAUUCUAAGCCGAUUGGUAUACUUUAAGAUUUCCUCUGUUGUAAAACAUAACGUCCAACAUGGGCUCCAAUGACAGCUCCUCAAAUUUUGAAAUUCUAGAAUAUUCCAAGCGUUCAUAUGCCUUAGAUGACGACGAUUACUUUAUGGCCAUAGCUGUUUUAUACUCAAAACAAUGUAAAGACUCCAAUAACCAAAAGGGAGCCAUCAUAGUCGAUGAGGAUGAUUGCAUAGUUGGUGUUGGUUAUAAUUACAUCUAUAAAUGUGAAGAUGACGAGCAAAAUUUUGAGGUUCAUGCCGUGGCAAAUGCUAUUCUCAAUAAAUAUUGCGAUAAUCUCAAAAAAAACCCGCAUCUAUACAACGCACUUUCCCUGCGAUCAAUGCGUUAAACUUUUAGUAAAAUCGGACAUUACGAAAAUCUAUUAUUUGUCAUUUAUAGGUAAAGCAUCAGAACAUUAUCGUGCGGCUGAUUUGAUGUUUUCUGCAAAGAACAUUGAGUGUAAUCGCUAUACACCUAAAGAAAAAAAGAUUAAUAUAUUUUGAAAAUAAUUGAGCAAGUAAAUUUUUCCGGUGAAAAUCUGUGUUAAGGGAGCCGGAUAUAAAUACAUUACUUCAUUACAUCCUUAAGAUUAUAUUUUAAACAAUUGGUUUUAUACAUAUAUUGUUCUAAAUAAAACUUAUAAUAAAGAUAAUUAUGCACAAAAUUAAAAA